CAUAUCCUCUUAUUUGACGAAACGGGGUAACAAGUACCAGAACCGAAAACCGGCUCUGCAAUUUCCCAAAUCCCCACAAGGCUCAAAUGUUUGAGCAACAAUACGUUCGAUUGGCCGGUCCAGAUUUCAGCUAACCAAUUAACUUUAAGUUUGCUGUUACCAGGAAGCGUUGGACGGAUGGACGCGUCGGGAAGGAAUUAAAAUUCAGCCAUACAGUUGUGUAUUUUGUAUUUACACUAAAUUAAUCUGCAAAUUGGCAUGAAUAAGGUACUUUUGUAUAAUCAAGACAGCACGAUGGAAAGCACUGUAAUGCUAUUGUACAGCCGCCAGCGUUAUGCAAGCCGCAAUUUGUACGUAAAGCUAAGCAGGUACAGCUAACAGUUUUAAAAACAUCCGCAACAACCUUCAAUCGUGAAGCCGGAGUUGUCCGACAAACCACCAUCAAAUGGCUACUACAGUCUUGGGAGUCGGCACGGGCGUUUUCGUCAUCACUGCAGUUUGGAUUGUGACUUUUGUGCUCUGGAUGAUGCUUCUGAGGGCAUACGGAUCGUCAAAGCUCGGCGUGAUCCCGGUUUUCCUGUUGGCUCUCAUCAUUACCCUGGCACUCGUGUUUUUCCCUCGAAGCGCAACAACCCCAUCUUCUUUCAAAGAGAGAGAGGUGAAGACAAUCUGGAGAAAUCACCGCAUGAAAGUGGCAAGGUUGAAAACCACCAUUGAAUGUCCAAGACCUUCAAACCCUCAGGCACUGAAAAACCUCCAUCAAUGUGUAAAGGAGAGAACCACGUUGGCUCAAGAAAAUUUCAGGAAACCAAUGUCAGUAAAUAAAAGUCCAGAUUUUUCCAAGGAGUUUCCCGUGCAAGUGGAUGCUUCAGAUGUUGGCCUUGGUGCGGUGCUGAGUCCAGAUUUUUCCAAGGAGUUUCCCGUGCAAGUGGAUGCUUCAGAUGUUGGCCUUGGUGCGGUGCUGGUGCAAGGUAGUGUUGGUGAGGAGAGACCCAUCCUGUUCCUGGGUAGGAAAAGUGAGAAGAAAUACUCGACCAUUGAGAAGGAAGCUCUAGCCAUCAAAUGGGAUGUGGACUCUCUUCGUUACUACCUCCUUGGAAGAGAAUUCCGAUUGCAGACUGACUAUUGCGCUCUGAAGUGGAUGCACUCCGUGCAACACCAAAAUGCCAGGAUACUGCGGUGGGGUCUUGCCCUUCAGCCAUACCAGUUCACCAUUGAGCAUUGCCAGGGUAAGAAGAACGUUAUUGAUGGUUAUUUGUUAAGGAUGUCCGACCCUGGUGGAGAGGGGAUAGUGGACACUUUAUUUAUCGCUCGCUAUGUGCUGCUGGCUAUAGUGAGUGUGAUCUUUCUCAGCGGGCUGUUCAUGUUGCUCCCCUUUCAUUUCUUGGAGCCUGUCUAUGCUAAAGCUUUGAGAACACAUUAGAAGGAGUUGGCACUGGAUCACAUUGCCAAUCUCAACAACUCAGAAGAAAAGAAGCCAGCAAGAGGCCUUCUUCUUCACAGACUGUGGAACCAAAACAACAGGAGAAACUUUCCCAUGGCCAAUGUCUUAUAGAUUGUUUAUCCAUCGUGGUCCAAGUUGACUCUCUAAAUACUUUCCUAUUGGGUGCAUCUAGAGCAUCACUAAUAGGUGAAUGCAAAUUGAGACACUGUUUUUUUGUGAAAUGUUUUUGGUUGCCUAAUGUUUUACUUAAUUUGUGUGUUUUCAGUUUUAAGAUGUCAUGUUUUCUUACCGUUUUUAACCCCCAUUGCAUGCCGUGCCUGUAAUUUAUUUAAACUCCCAUGUGAAAGUACAGGUGUUUUUUUUUUGUUUUGUUUUUUUACUGAGCUGUUUGUCCUUAUCCAUCCAUUCAUUUUCCGAACCGCUUGAUCCUCACUGGCGUCGCGGGGGGUGCUGGAGCCUAUCCCAGCCGUCUUCGGGCAGUAGUCGGGGGACACCCUGAAUCAGUUGCCAGCCAAUCGCAGGGCACACAGAGACGAACAACCAUCCACGCCCACACUCACACCGAGGGAUACAGUAUUUUCACGACUAUAAGGCGCCAUUAAAAGUCUUUAAUUUUCUCUAAAAUGGACUGGACGUCUUAUGAUGCAGAGCGUCUUGUGUAUGCGCUGAGUUCCAAAAUCUGACCGACAGCCGAUACGCUGUUUAUAUAGAGAAAAGGCGAAAGUGACUGGACAGGCAUGCAGCAAAGAAGUCGGCCAAUCAGGGAAGGGUGGGCGUGUAUAUAUACAUAUAUGGAGAGGGAGAGAGAGAGAGAGAGAGAGAGAGAGAGAAGGCAGAUGUGAGAGAGGAAAGGCGGGGGAGCAGUCCACCAAUGGCUGAAGGGUGGGCGUGUAAGUGGACGCUAAAGGGUCGCCCCAAGCAGGUACCAAUACCUGUAUAGAGUGUGGCAAUGUGCUUUGUUGCAAAACAACUUCGGUUUUGGUUUUUAAGAACCCCCGAAAAUAAAUUCUACAAAGAGACACGCCUACGAAGCUCAGUUCAAACUUCAAGCCAUCGGUUAUGCUUUUGGCAUGCAGGCCCAUCUCACAGCAGCGGUGAAAAACCAAGUCGAGCAAAUGAACUCUGAGCUUGCCGUUAUUCCCGGAGGCUUGACUUAAGAACUCCAACCGCUGGACAUCGGCAUCAACCGGGCGUUCAAAGUAAAGUUGCGACCGGGCGUUCAAAGUAAAGUUGCGAACGGCAUGGGAACAAUGGAUGAUCAAUGGCAAACACAACUUUAGAAAGAGUGAGAGGCAGCGCUGGGCGAGUUAGCCACAAUUUGCAAAUGGAUUGUGGCUGCUUGGACGAACGUGUCUGCUUGCACUGUUGUUCGAGUUUUUGGCAAAGCCGGCAUCAUUUCUGUGGAGCCACAUGGCAAUGAGAGUGACUCUGACAACGAGAGGGAACGCGGCGUUUUUGAUACAUUACGGUACUUGCACAAUUGUUCAAUUCUUUCGACACACACAUGCGCUGCCACCAUGUUUCGCUCUAUUCUUUACUUUCAAACGUGGGAAAGCUUCACACGAGAGAAAUAUUGACUUUGCUGUUGCUGCUCCUUCUUUCCGCUCGGCAAUGUGGAGCAACUCACACUUUAGCAUGGGAUGCGUUCAAUGACAACUGGGAUGUGCAGUCCUCUGCUUCUGAUACAGAGGAUGAGGACUUUGAUGGAUUUCUGGGUGAUGAUUGAUCGAAAAACGUGAGAACAUUGUACGAUGGCUAAAUAAAAUACACCCGAACUAAGUUCUGCUUUUGUUGCCUUUUUAAAAACGUAUUUUUAGCUUGUAUCUGUAUGUCUUGGCAUGCUUCAAGCUAACAUGUUUUUAGCGUGCGCGCAUGCAUGCCGUAUGUUUAAGCUGGUGUAUGUUUUACCACUUUAAACCUGCGCCCAAUGAUGCAGUGCGUUUUGUCUAUGUGUAAAAUACAGAAAUAGCAGCCAUUAAUGAGACUGCGCCCAACCAUACGGUGCGGCGAAUGGUCGUGAAAAUACGGUCAUUUAGAGCGCCCAAUCAGCCUGCCAUGCAUGUUUUUGGAAUGUGGGAGGAAACCGGAGCACCCGGAGAAAACCCAUGAAGGCCCGGGGAGAACAUGCAAAAUCCACACUGGGAGGCCGGAGCUGGAAUCGAACCCGGUACCUCUGCACUGUGAAGCUGACGUGCUAACCACUGGACUACCGGUCCGCCC